GCGUCGCCGCGGGGAUGCCCGCGCCCGCCGCCGCGCCCUGAGCGCCUUUGUCUGCCUCCAGCGCCGUUCGCAUCAUCCCUAGUUUAGCCGGCGCCGUAUCAUGGAGCUGAGCCAGCCGAUCUCCCUGUCCGACCACGACGAGCCGGCGUCUGGGCCCCAGCGCGGGGUCAAGGGGCUGGUGGGGCCCGACGCUCCUCGCGGCUGGUCAGAUGAGCCCGAGGAACACGCCCAGCUUCAACGGUGGCCAGAGGGACCCAACCCGCCAAUCUGCUGGCCCGAAGAGGUAGAGGAGCCUGACGCUCCUAGCCGCUGGGUCAAAGAGCCCAGCGCCCCUCGCUGUUGGUCCCAGGAGCCCGACGUAUCCUGCCACUUGGCCAAGGAGCCGGAGGAACCUGACGCCCCUCGCUGCUGGUCCCAGGAGCCCGACGUAUCCUACCACUUGGCCAAGGAGCUGGAGGAACCCGACGUAUCCUGCCACUUGGCCAAGGGACUGGAGGAACCCGACGUAUCCUACCACUUGGCCAAGGGGCUGGAGGAACCCGACGUAUCCUGCCACUUGGCCAAGGGGCUGGAGGAAUCCGACGCCCCUCGCUACUGGCCCCAGGAGCCCGACGUACCGUGCCUCUUGGCCAAAGAGUGGGAAGAAUCCGACGCCCCUCGCUACUGGCCCCAGGAGCCAGACGUACCGUGCCUCUUGGCCAAGGAUCUGGAAGAACCCGAAGCCCCUCACUGCUGGCCCCAGGAGCCAGACGCAAAGUGCCACUUGGCCAAGAAGCUGGAAGAACCCGACUCCCCUCGCUGCUGGCCCCAGGAGCCCGACGUACGGUGUCUCUUGGCCAAAGAGUGGGAGGAAUCCGACUCACCGAGCCUCUUGGCAGAGGAACUGGAAGAGCCUGACGCCCUUCACUGCUGGCCCCGGGAGCCGGACGCGCCGUGCUUCUUUACCGAGGAACUGGAAAAGCCUGACGCCCCUCACUGCUGUUCCCAGGAGGCGAACACCGGGUGCUUCUUGGCCAAGGAGCCAGAGGAGUCUGACGCCCCUCACCUGUGGCCGGGGGAACUCGACGUACCGUGCCUCUUGGUCAAGGAACCGGAGGAGCCCGAUGCACCUCGCUGCUGGCCCGAGGAGCUGAAGGAGCCCGAUGCACCCAGCGCACCGUGUUUCUGGGGCAAUGAACCAGAGGAGCCUGACGCAUCUCGCUGUUGGUCUGCGGAGCCCCCGGUGCUGUGCCUCUGGCCAGAGGAGCAGAAUGCAACGGGCUGCUGGCAGGAGGAGCCCGAUGCACCCUGCUUCUGGCCGGAGGACGGAGAGGAACCCAAAGUUCCGUGUCUCCAGUUCAAAGAGCCAGAGAAGCCCAAAGUCCCUUGCAGCUGGCCGGAGGAACUGGAAGGCUGCUGCCCUACGCGGGGCUUACCCCUAGAGCCUUUAGCCUCCGAGGGCGAACUGCUGCAGGCAUGUCCCGGGCCACCCUCGGACCCAGGCCCGGCGUUGUCGCUGUCCAGCGAGCCCGGGACAGCCCAGGAGGAGGGUGCGCGCCUCAGGACGGUGUUCGACGCCCUGGACAGUGAUGGGGAUGGGUUCGUCCGCAUCGAGGAUUUCAUCCAGUUCGCCACUGUCUACGGGGCGGAGCAGGUGAAGGACUUAACUCAGUACCUGGACCCGAGUGGGCUUGGUGUGAUCAGUUUUGAAGACUUUCACCAAGGGAUUGUGGCCAUCAGAAAUGGAGAUCCUGAUGGCCAGCUGUACAGUGUGGAGCCUGUCCAAGAUGAAGAGCCCCCUGCCUGUGCCGAUGAGUUUGACGAUUUUGUCACCUACGAGGCCAAUGAGGUGACCGACAGCGCAUACAUGGGGUCUGAGAGUACCUACAGUGAGUGUGAGACCUUCACAGAUGAGGACACCAGCACCCUGGUGCACCCCGAGCUUCAGCCCGAGGGGGACGCUGACAGCGCUGGUGGCUCAGCUGUACCCUCAGAGUGCCUAGACACGAUGGAGGAGCCUGACCAUGGUGCACUGCUGAUGCUCCCCAGCAGAACCCGCUCCCACAGCCAGGCUGUCGUCAUGGUGAUUGGCAGUGAGGAACAUUUUGAAGACUACGGUGAGGGCAGCGAGGCCGAGCUGUCCCCGGAGACCCUCUGUAAUGGGGAGCUGGACUGCGGAGACCCUGCUUUUCUCACCCCCAGCUCCAACCCUCUUGCCUCAAAGCUGCGCAACGUCCUCACUGAUGAGGUCUUUGAGUUUCACUGUAGCCAGUGCCACAAACAGAUCAACCGCCUCGAAGACCUUUCUGCCCGCCUGACUGACCUUGAGAUGAAUAGCCCAGCCAAGCGGCUCUCCAGCAGGAAGGUGGCAAGGUAUCUGCACCAGUCGGGGGCUCUGACCAUGGAGGCCCUGGAGGACCCUCCCCCAGAGCCUGUGGAGUGCCCAGAGGAGGAUAUUGCUGACAAGGUCAUCUUCCUGGAGAGACGGGUGUCAGAGCUGGAGAAGGAUAGUGCAGCCGCUGGGGAGCAGCAUGGCAGGCUGAGGCAAGAGAACCUCCAGCUGGUGCACAGAGCCAAUGCCCUGGAAGAGCAGCUGAAGGAGCAGGAGCUCAGAGCCCAAGAGAGGGUCCUGGAGGAGACCAGGAAGCAGAAAGAGCUCCUGUGUAAGAUGGAACGUGAGAAGAGCAUUGAGAUCGAGAACCUGCAGGCCAGGUUGCAGCAGCUGGAUGAGGAGAACAGCGAACUGCGGUCCUGCACACCUUGUCUGAAGGCCAAUAUCGAGCGCCUGGAGGAGGAGAAGCAGAAGAUGCUGGAUGAGAUCGAAGAGUUGACACAGCGACUCAGUGAAGAACAAGAGAAUAAGAGGAAGAUGGGGGACAGGCUGAGCCAUGAGCGGCACCAGUUCCAGAGAGACAAGGAGGCAACUCAGGAGCUCAUCGAGGACCUCCGCAAGCAGCUGGAACACCUGCAGCUCCUCAGACUCGAGGUGGAGCAGCGUCGGGGCCGCAGCAGCAGCCUGGGCCUGCAGGAGUACAACAGCCGUGCGCGGGAGAGCGAGCUGGAGCAGGAGGUCCGCAGGCUCAAACAGGACAACCGCAACCUGAAGGAGCAAAAUGAUGAACUAAAUGGGCAGAUCAUCACCCUCAGCAUCCAGGGUGCCAAGAGCCUCUUCUCCACGUCCUUCUCUGAGUCCCUGGCUGCAGAGAUCAGCUCCGUCUCCCGAGAUGAGCUCAUGGAAGCAAUCCAGAAGCAGGAGGAGAUCAAUUUCCGCCUGCAGGACUACAUUGACAGGAUUAUUGUGGCCAUCUUGGAGACCAACCCAUCCAUCCUAGAGGUCAAGUAGGACAUCUUAGCCCGGUUUGGGCUGGUUAUAGACUCCACAGCGCCCCAGAGUGGCCGAGCCAAGACCAGCGGGUCCUGCAGCUUACCAAGCCUAGCGUGUAGGGGCCUCGUGCAGCUGGCCUGGGGGAAUAAAGAUGAAGGUUGCAGAGAACAAUAAGAAGGAAGAAAGGGAAGGCCACAGCAGACAGGGGUGAGGCUGGGCUCCCUGAGUGUCACGAAGCCAGGACCUCCCACCACAAGCUGGCCUAGCCAACACCACCCAUGUCUGCUCAGCAGAAUGCAAAUAUGUGGGGAUAGUCUCUCAGGCUGGGACGGGGCUCUCAAUGACUCUCUGGCACACCCCUCUUCCUGCUCUGCAGCCUGUUAGGAAGAUAGGGGAAAAAAUGAAUCCUCACCUCAGUUGCGGCCUCUCACUCAUGUUGACAUGGUGCCACCCAAGCUUGGCCAUUCCCACAUGGUAUGCAAGCUGAGGAGCCACAAGUUGGACAUAAACAUGAUACUCUGGAAAGACAGGCAGGCAGAGGUGGCAGAUGUGGGGUCUGGUCUGGAGCCACAGGCCACCUAUUCAUUCCCCUUGCGCUGCUCAGGCCUUCUCCCACCAGAUGGGCUUCCAUUCACCUUUGGACCCGGGCCUCCAAGCCACACAGCCAUCCUUUGACCAGAUCCUCACUACGGUAACUCGUCAGCUCUGGUCCUCCUGUGGGGGCCAGGGCAGCUGGCUCAUGCUGACUGGAACUCACGUCCUGGACUGGUGAACACCCAGGCGCAGGUGCUGCUUCUCCUCAGGUGUGGCCUACCCUGGCUCCUGGACCCACGCCCUCCUCAGGCUGGCUUUGCUGCCCUGGGAGAAGUUGACACUUCCCAGACAAUAGUCUAGGCCUCCGGAACAAAGUUUCCUUCUCUGCUUUUGACUUUAAGUCCCUGGGUGUCCCCCAGGAGUCAUUCUGCUGGUGGGUAGGUGGACAAGGCUCUACACAGACCCAGAGGCAGAGGGAGACUUGCUGCUUGUCCCUGCACCUCUCACAGAGUGCAGCGUCCAUGGGCCUGAGCCUGAGCACUAGCCAGGAGUCUGGGCACACCAUGUGAGACCACACCAUAGGCUGUGUGAGUGUGUGUAUGAGUGUGCGUGUGCGUGUGUGCGCGUGUGUACAUGCAUGAGUGUGCACACAAGUGUGAAUGUAUAUAUGCUUGUGCCCACACAUGCUGCCCUGCAUCCCUUCACUGCCUACCCCCCCUUGCCUCCCCUUCUACACUACAGUUUAAGAUGUUGCCUCGUAUUGUACAUUUUGGGGAAAGCCUUGUGUGUAAAUCAGUGUAAACUUGGAGGAGAGAUUUUUCUAUCAUGUAGAGUAGGUAUUUUUUAUAGAUUGAAGGUUGAUCAAUUUUUUAAUACUUUCCAGAGAGAAAAAUAUCUGUGUAUACAUAUGAAAUAUAUAUAUAUAUAUAUGUAUAAUAUAUCAAUCCUGAAGCCCCGCCUUUCUGUCCCAGGUCCCAAAGUCCUGUGCAAGGGCUUGGCCUGUCUCUGCUGUCUGCCCUGCAGUGCUCACUGUAAACACAGGUCUCCAGGAGACCCUGGGAAACACACCAAUCACCAACUUGCUCACAGACAGCAUCUGCUUCAGCUCCCUGAGAAGUAGCUCUUCCUCCAGGGCAUGGAAGGAUGGGAGACCAGCAGGAUCCUGUCCCAUGUGUCAGCCACAACAGAUUAAAGCUGUUACCGCACACA